GGGUGACAAAACCCCCACAAUGCACUGUCUUCUUCACCUCGGACAGACCGGAGUCAGCAUCAACCUGCCUCUGAGAGCGAAUAAAUUGACAUUUAUCUCUGUAAUUCACCCCACAUCUCCGGCGAGUGUUGUUUCCCGGUGACCGGCGUUUGGGCGCUGGUAUUCAGGGACUGGGCGGUUUCCGCUGGUCCAUCUUUCCAACCUGUGGCUGUGGGGUCAGGGUCUAGAAUGGAUCCAGAAUAUGAGAAUCGCCUCCUCCGUCAAAUCAACAUUCAAAAUGACAACUUGAGUCCUGUUAAACUGACACAGAGUCUCCACAGUUGGAAACCCACUGGUUCCCCAUUAUCCUCACCCAGUAAGCUUGGAGACAGAUUUAUUCCAACCAGAGCAGGGGCCAACUGGAAUAUCAACUUCCACAGGAUCAAUGAAAAUGAGAAGUCACCAAGUCAGAACAGAAAAACUAAGGAUGUCUCUUCUGAUAAUAUCAAAGCAGACGGGCUGGCCUACUCUGCUUUGCUUAGGAAUGAGCUGCUGGGAGCAGGAAUAGAGAAGAUCCAGGAUCCCCAGACAGAAGACAGGCGUCUACAGCAAUCCACCCCUGAGAAGAGGAGUCUCUUCACUUAUUCACUCAAUAUCAAAAGGUUGUCUCCAGACGAUGGCACUAACAUCUCCCCUUACUCCCUAUCACCUGUCAGCAACAAAAGUCAAAAAUUGUUACGUUCACCAAGGAAGCCAACUCGUAAGAUCUCAAAGAUCCCCUUUAAAGUGCUUGAUGCUCCAGAGCUGCAGGAUGACUUUUACCUCAACUUAGUGGACUGGUCGUCUCUCAACAUGCUCAGUGUCGGGCUGGGCACAUGUGUUUACCUGUGGAGUGCCUGUACUAGCCAGGUAACAAGGCUUUGUGAUCUAUCAGUUGAGGGAGACUCAGUCACAUCAGUCGGGUGGUCUGAAAGGGGUAACCUGGUGGCAGUGGGGACUCACAAAGGAUAUAUUCAGAUCUGGGAUGCUGGUGCUGGGAAGAAACUCUUUGCCUUGGAAGGACACACAGCUAGAGUUGGAGCGUUAGCGUGGAAUGCAGAUCAGCUGUCUUCGGGAAGCCGUGAUCGUAUGAUUCUUCAAAGAGAUGUACGGACGCCUCCACUGCAGUCAGAAAGGCGGCUGCAGGGACACAGACAGGAGGUGUGUGGCUUAAAGUGGAGCACUGACCAUCAGCUGCUUGCCUCUGGUGGCAACGACAACAAGCUGCUGGUCUGGAACCACUCCUCGCUGAGCCCAGUGCAGACAUACAUAGAUCACCUAGCUGCAGUAAAAGCCAUUGCCUGGUCCCCCCACCAGCACGGCCUGCUGGCCUCAGGAGGCGGCACUGCCGACCGCUGUAUUCGAUUUUGGAACACGCUGACAUCGCAGCCACUGCAGUGUAUGGACACCGGCUCACAGGUCUGCAACCUGGCCUGGUCCAAGCACGCUAAUGAGCUGGUGAGCACCCAUGGCUACUCUCAGAACCAGAUCUUGGUUUGGAAAUAUCCAGCUCUCACUCAGGUGGCCAAGCUCACUGGACACUCCUACAGAGUCCUCUACCUGGCAAUGUCCCCAGAUGGAGAGGCAAUAGUGACAGGAGCUGGAGAUGAGACCCUACGGUUCUGGAACGUAUUCAGCAAGACAAGGUCAACAAAGGAAUCUGUAUCAGUUUUAAAUCUCUUCACCAGGAUACGGUAACAUCAAGCAAAUAUUCAAAAAAUUUAAGUUUCAGUGGAUCCUGGCGUCAUCACUGGACGGUUCAUAACGUGGUGCUAAGGACGUACAAUACAAUCUAAGACGUCUCGUGACAUUUUCCUUGAGGAAGUGGCAGCGAGAAGAACUGAGCUAUUUUUCUUUUUAACGCUAACAAUUUUUUGGGAAAUUCUUUUUGACAUGUGUGGUCUUGCUAUUUUUUUUUUUUUUUUUUUAUAUAAGUGGGUUGAUUUCCAUUUGUUUUGUAUUCACAACAAGAAAUCAUAGGCCUUAAAAAUAUUGUGAUACUUUUUUCAUUGUUGAGGAAUCUGAAAUGUGGAGAGAGCAUUUUUAGUUUUGGUUUAACUCAGGUCUAAUUUAUUUAACGCACUUGUUAUAUAGUAAAACAUUCAAUGAAUGAAUCAUCUGUCAUGAAGAAAUCUAGAUUCAAUGGAGAAAAAUGCCACUAACAUACUAUGACUAAAACAUAAAAACUAAACAUAAUCACCUACUAAGGCUUCUACAGUAUGUGCACCAUGUUUACUGUGAUCCUUAGAGUACGAAGUUUGAGGAAUGGUUGGCUGAAAUAAUGCAGUUGGCUCUUGUGGACAGAAAGUCUAAUGCUGUGCAUCUAGACAUACACUACAUGGUUGAUUCUUUGUUAUAAAGGAAGAAAUAAAAGAUGAUGGAACUGAA